AUGACUGUCGACAAUACACAGCCGGAGGGGGAGAAUCCUAUCGGUGAUAUUCAGGUUGAAUUUCUUGGCACCCAAAAGUCCAGCAACACGGCGAGUCGUCGCGAUCUUGGCUUUACAGGUCAACUUGGAGGGAAAUGGUACGCUGUUUAUGGUGAUGUACUAUGGUGCGAUUCAGGUGUCACUGAUCCCGCAGAAGACAAUGAGGGAUUUCACGGCAUGGUCAGAAAUGCUGUUUCUGCUCUGACGGAUGAUCCUCUUGUUGUUGAGGACCUGCAUCUCAAUGAUGAUGAGCCGGUGCCUCACCAGAAGCAGUUCAUGCCGUUUAAUGAGGACUGGGGCGAGACUAAUACCUUUGGCUUUGGAGGAACGGGAAUCGUGGAGGUUGAUCCCGAUACUGCGACCGGUGCUCUUUAUUACCUCGUUAAUGAUGAUGAGCAUUAUAAGGGCGCUGGAAUAGCCAAAGUUGAGCUCAUCGACGACGUCCCGCAUAUUACCGAUCGCUAUGGCGAGAAUGGCAUCUGGUGGAAUGGUGAUGAGGUGCCCAAGUAUGGCGAUGUCGCAACCUACCGCGAUGUCAACAGCGAAUACAUCUACAUCCUCGGAAACCCACCAAACCCAAUCACCGACUUCCCUGAUAAACUGUACAUCUACAUGGCUCGGGUCCCCGCAAAGGAUGCCUUCGAUCUCGAUAAAUAUGAGUAUUGGUGGGGUAGACAAGAAGGAUGGAAGAGCGAAGUUCUCACCACGUUCAAUUGUGAGACAGCGGUUAUGUGGGGUGUUGGACAGGGGCAGAUUGUGUAUAACAACCACUUUCAGACGUAUUUCUACGUUCAUCUUGAUCUUUCUGGUACGGUGUUUUUGAAGACUGCGCCAAGUCCUGAAGGUCCUUGGACAGAAGGCAAAGAGAUUUACAAAGAUGAGCCCAUCGAUGGAGGCCUGGUGUAUGCUGGAAUAGCGUACCCGCAUCUGGAUGAAUCUGGCGAGACGUUGACGAUAGGUUUUACCAAUAACAACUGGAUCCGGGUUAUCAAGGUCAAAUUCACAUAG